AUGGGUCUCCCGAAUGAUAUCCUCGAAGGUUGGGUACUCAACAACAUCAAGAAGUUCGAUCGCAAUCUUGUCGGAGAUCCAAAGAACGGCACACGAAGAAUUUCCGGACAACUCUUCUCCCCUCCUGACACUGUCAUGGCCUCGAGCACUACUUCCUCUUCUGCGACUGAACUACCAUCCGUCCACCCUGAUCUGGAAGUUCCGCUAAACCUUUACUCUGUUCAGGCCUUUGAGUUCAUAGGCUUUACAAAAGAAACAUCGGAGAAGCUUCUGAAGAGGUGGACCUCUGAAGAUGAGCUUAGCUUCCAAGAAGUUCUCGAAGCGCACAUCGACUACUUCUGCCACGACAUCACUGAAGACCCACGCACCACUAUGCAAGAGUUGGGAAUUUCAGAGGUGAUACAGAAGAGAAUCAUGGAUCCCCACUUCAACGAUGUCAGAGAUACCGCAACUCUGCACUACUGGACCCUGGAGCUUGUCCUCGAGAACCUCUGGACACUCGAGAACUUGAGUGAACGACUCAAUCGCAAUCUUCUCGUACUUCAAAACACCUCUUUAGGGCAGAGUACCUCUUCCUACUACAACAAAGCGCAUUAUAUCGAUAUAGAUAUAGAUAGGAAGCCUAGAAGACUACAAUGCUAUUUACCUUUAUAA